AUGGGGAAUGCAGACCAAAGUCGGCGACCGGUUCGACGGGUCGCCGUCAUCGGGGCUGGCCCGUCCGGAUACGCUGCGGUCCGGGCUCUGGCGUUGGAGAAGAAAUUCGACGUGAUUCGCGUCUUCGAGAGAAGAAAUCAAGUCGGGGGCCUGUGGCACUACGAUGCUAUCCCGGAUAGAUUCCCAUUGGCAUCAGGGGAGCCACGGCAAUUGACUGGCCCAUCUCAGCUGCCAGGGUAUGCCGUGCCAGCUGCAGAGGACACCACGGCGCGAACGGCCAUCUAUGAUAAGCUCGACAGCAAUGUGGGCGCGGCCAUCAUGUCCUUCUCUCACGCCCCGUUCCCGAUCAAGAAUUCGGCCACUUCGGUCUUGAGACUCGGGCCUGACAACGACUCGCGGCCGUUCCAGGUAGUCCAGCAAUACCUGGAAAAUCUCUUCCAAGAGUACCACCAUUUGAUUUCACUCAAUACCACGGUCGAAAAGGCCAAGAAGGUCGGAGACGAAUGGGUUCUCUCUCUCCGACAGCCCGGACACAUUCGAGACGGCCAGCCCAAGGAUUUCUGGUGGCAGGAGAGGUUCGAUGCCGUGGUAGCGGCGAGUGGCCACUACAAUGUCGGGUGGAUUCCUGAGAUCGCCGGCCUGGCGGAGACUUAUCGACAAGCCCCUGACCACUUCGAGCAUUCCAAGUCAUAUCGGACGCCAGAUAACUAUGUUGCAAAGAAAGUGCUCGUGGUGGGCGGCAGCAUCUCAGCGGCCGACAUUGUCAGCGACAUUCACCGCCUCGUGAAGGGCCCGCUGUACAGCGCCCAGAGGCGUGUCAAUGAAAACCUGAUCCCGGCAUGGCAGCUGCCCGGGGUGGUACAAAAGGGCCAGGUGAAGAGGGUCUUCGGGCAUGACAACCAAGUGGGCGUUGAGUUCGACGACGGCAGUGUCGUGGUAGGGUUUGACAAGGUCAUCUUUGCCACAGGCUUCCGCCUGUCGUAUCCCUACCUGGUGCCUAAUCCCGUCACGCCUACAAAUCGUCUGGCCGGACUCUAUGAGCACAUCGUGAAGAUCGGCGACCCGACGUUGAGUUUUGUCGGCCAGGUGAAGGGAGGAUUGAGCUUCCGCGUCUACGAGUAUCAGGCGGUUGCCGUCGCUCGAAUUCUGGCCGGGCGGGCCAUAUUGCCCCCGGUGGCCGAGCAAAAGGCCUGGGAGGAGAAGCGGCUCCAGGAGAAAGGAGAUUCAGUGCGUUUCCACGAGAUCUUGCCCGACUUUGAACAGUACUGGAACAGGCUGCGCGACAUCGCCGGCAAGCCUGCGCCCGAAUCGGACAGCUACGAACUCCCGGCGUGGCGGCAGGAAUGGGUUGAUCUUGCUCUGGGGAUUCUGGCGAAGAAGGCCCAGUGGUGGGCAGAACAGGCCCGGAUCGCGAGGCCCCGACUAUGA